UUUCACUCUCCGCCGCACUCUCUCUCCAACUGUUGUUUUCCUCUUCGGUGAAAUCAAACGACUUCCUUCUCUCUCUCCUCAAAACUCUACUCUCUCUCUACUCUCCCCUGAUUGUUUUCUCUCUCUUAGGGUUUCUUCACUUCAAGUAUGGCUUCGUCUUCGUCUGAACCUGCUCUGAAAGCCGAAACUGGAGGCGGAGGCGGUGGUGGAAGUGGUGGUAGCGGCGGAGAAACUUCAGAAGCGGCCGUGAUAGCGAACGAUCAGCUGUUGCUGUACAGAGGACUGAAGAAAGCUAGAAAAGAGAGGGGAUGUACGGCCAAAGAACGAAUCAGUAAGAUGCCCCCUUGCGCCGCCGGCAAACGCAGCUCCAUUUACCGAGGUGUCACCAGGCAUAGAUGGACUGGUCGUUACGAAGCUCACCUUUGGGAUAAAAGUACUUGGAACCAAAAUCAAAACAAGAAGGGAAAGCAAGUUUACUUGGGUGCAUAUGACGACGAGGAGGCUGCAGCCAGAGCAUAUGAUCUUGCAGCCUUGAAAUACUGGGGCCCAGGGACGCUCAUCAAUUUUCCCGUCACAGAUUAUACAAGAGAUCUAGAAGAGAUGCAGAAUGUCUCAAGAGAGGAUUACCUUGCAUCUCUACGAAGAAAGAGUAGCGGUUUCUCAAGAGGAAUCUCCAAAUAUCGUGCACUUUCCAGUCGAUGGGACCCAUCACUUGGUCGUAUGGCUGGGCCUGAUUACUUCAACAGCAUAAAUUAUGGUACAGGUGAAGAUGAAGGUGAAUAUUCUGGUGGUUUUUGUAUUGAGAGAAAGAUUGAUCUGACACCUUACAUCAAGUGGUGGGGACCCAGCAAAAGCCGUCAAUCAGAUUCUCUCUCAAAAUCUUCAGAGGAAACAAAACAUGGACAUUCUGAUGAUAUUGGCAGUGAACUUAAAACAUUGGAAUGGGCAAUCCAGCCAACUGAGCCCUACCAGAUGCCCCGUUUGGGCAUGUUCCAUGAAGGGAAAAAAAAAGGCUCGUUGUCUGCCAUGAGCAUCUUGUCACGAUCCGCUGCCUAUAAGAGCUUGCAAGAGAAAGCAUCAAAGAAGCAAGAAAAUAAAACCGACAAUGACGAGAAUGAAAACAAAUGUACAAUCAGCAAAAUGGACUAUGGCAAGGCUGUUGAGAAAUCAAGUCAUGAUGGAAGAAGUGAGGGACUUGGAGUUGCACUGGGAGCGGGUGGAGGGGGACUGCCUCUUCAGAGAAAUAUGUACCCAUUGGCUCCUUUUUUGUCUGCACCGCUUCUGACCAACUACAACACUAUCGAUCCCUUAUCAGAUCCCGUUCUUUGGACAACACUCGUUCCUGUUCUUCCUCCUGGACUUCCUCGUGCUGCUGAGGUGACAAAGACAGAGACCAGUUCAGAUUAUACCUUUUUCCAGCAGGAGGAAUAACAAUCCGCUCUACAUUUAACUGAAUGCAGUGGGAAAGCAUAUUUUUCUUUAACUCGGGAAAAUCAAGUUAUGCAUUUGCGCUGUGCAGGAGGAAUUAUAUCAACAUCUUGGACUAUCUUGAGGAUGAGGAGUUAUAUAUACGGUUGCAUACUUGUACUGUAUGGGUUUUGGAGAAGGAAAACAGAGAGCGAGCUGUAUAAUAGGAGUAUAACAAAUUUUUUUAUUUUUAUUUUUUGGUUUAUCUUUAGUUGAUGUUUCAGAGAAUUGUAUACCAGAAUAAUGCCAUAGUGUAUGAGAAGGUUUUUGUACUUUAAAGAUGACUUGUGUCAAGUAUGUUUUAUAUAGGAAACUUGUAAAUAAACAAGUUGAGUUGAAAAAUAGUGUCUGCCUUUUGUUAGAUGGA